AUGGAACCAACUGCUACUGUUUUGUCGUCCAGUGCAAACUUAUUAAAAACUAUCGUCGGUGCUGGUGUCCUGGCAGUUCCAUAUGCUUUUCGGAAUGACGGCAUAUUAGUUGGGUCUCUGUUGAUACUACUGGCAGCGGUAACAUCAGCCUUUGGUCUUUUUGUACUUGGCAAAUGUUCCAAGACUUUGAUCAACCCCAGAAACUCUUCUUUUUUCACAUUUUGCAUGCUAACAUAUCCUUCCUUGUCUCCUCUUUUCGAUUUAGCAAUGUUCAUUCAAUGUUUUGGUGUUGGUCUGAGUUAUCUUGUUCUCAUUGGUGACAUUUUCCCGGGAUUAUUUGGGGGUACUCGCGAGUAUUGGAUUUUGGGUUCAGCACUGUUAAUAGUUCCACUUUGUACACUCAGAAAGUUGGAUAGCUUAAGAUAUUCUAGUAUACUCGGUCUGUUUGCACUUGGGUACAUAUCUUUGCUUGUUCUCUCAAUAUUUGUCUACGAUGUCAUUCUUACAGAUAAUUACAAAGCUUUUAGGGGGGACGUGUAUUGGUUCAAGGUUUAUGAUUAUAGCGGAUUGCUGUCUACGUUUAGCAUUAUUAUAUUUGCAUUCACAGGUUCCAUGAAUUUGUGCAGUAUAAUUAACGAAUUGGAAGAUAACUCGCUUUCAAAUAUUUCUACUGUCAUUGGCUGGUCUUUAUCCAUUGCUACAACACUUUUUAUGGCCAUAGGUAUAACUGGAUAUCUGACUUUUGGCAGCAAUGUAUCAGGCAACAUUAUUUUAAAUUACGACGCGGAUUCUCCAUGGGUUUUCCUUGGCAAGCUAUGUUUAGGGACCAUGGUCAUUUUAUCGUUUCCGCUCUUAUUUCACCCAUGUCGUAUAUCUGUUAAUAACAUGAUCGUAUGGGGGAAGUUAAAGUUCGAGAAACAACCUCAUAGUGAACUAAAUACUAGAUCAAGCGAGAUCCCAAUUAGACUCUCCAUACAAGAUGAUGACAACGAGUCAUUGGCAUCUGAUCAGACUCACGAGUCGCAUGAAGCGGUGGUCAGUGUCGAAAAUAAUACAAGCAUUACACACGAUGUUCCAUUUCCACAGCGCAGAUUUUAUGUUAGCACUGCUAUCUUGUUAUUUGUGAUGUUCUUUCUCUCAUUGCGCGUUACCUCGUUCGCACUCGUAUUGUCUCUGGUGGGAGCCACGGGUUCCACUUCAAUUUCAUUUACUUUACCUGGUCUUUUCGGGUACAAGCUUAUUGGAACAGAUUCCUUAGCGGUAGGUCAGAUGGUUUCUCCAAAAGAUAGGUUCUAUAGAGGUUGCAGUGCGCUGCUGGUGUGGUUCGGCUUGGCAGUUACAUUUUUCUCCUUAUACGUGAUUUUUUUUCAUGGUAACAACUAG